CAGUCGUCAGUCGUCACGUCCGUAAUGGAUCGAUUUGAAUACAUAGAAGCUCGUCUAUUCGAAGGCGAAAAUUACAUCAAAAGGGAAAAAAAUGUAAAAAUUUACGAUGGAGAUGAUAAGACUCAAUUUACAGAUGGUGAAGUGGUUCUAACAACUCACAGGAUUCUCUGGGGAAAACCAGGGGACAUACCGAAAGGUCUAGUCUGCUUGUCUCUGCACUUGUACUAUGUAUUUUGUCUUGAAGAGGAAAGUGGUGGAGUAUUUGGACUUGGAGGGCCUAAGAGAAUAAUAUUGCAUCUUGGGCCAUCGUUACCAGGAAAAAGACCAGGUCCUGCUGUAGUGAGUCCUUUCCAUUUUGUCAAAUUCUCCUUCAAAGAUGGAAUUGAUCCAGCCUUUUACAAAGCACUGGGUGAGGCUGUGGCUGCAAAGGCUUGGGAACAACCAACACCAGUAUCAUCUCCUAUUAGUCCUACAAACUCUAGCAGUUCUGGAAGACCUUCAGUAGCACCAACCUCUUCUAGAAUCAGAUCGGGCAUAGUUGGCAUUGAAAGAUCAAUUGAAGAACAACACCGUGCCACAGAUGAGAGUAUUAGUGUAGCUUUCAAGGAUCUUACAAAACUUAUGGAGAAGGCCAAGGAUAUGGUUGCAAUUUCUAAGAAUAUUUCUAAUAAAAUUAGGGAAAAACAAGGUGAUAUUUCUGAAGAUGACACAGUGAGAUUUAAGUCGUACUUAAUGAGCCUUGGAAUAGAUGAUCCAGUAACAAGGGAUGCCUUUAGAUCAGAUUCUGAUUACUACAUGGGAUUAGCUCAGCAAAUAUCUGACAUGAUGGUUGCUGUGUUAAUGGAUUGUGGUGGUAUAAUGUCAUUGGCUGAUGUAUGGUGUAGAGUGAACAGAGCCAGAGGUCUGGAACUGAUAUCUCCUGAAGAUCUGCUAAAUGCCUGCAAAUUACUACAAACUAUUGGUGCACCUAUGGCCCUUAGGAAAUUUCCGAGUGGAGCAUGUGUUUUACAAUUGAAUACAAACAGAGAUGAGGAAAUUGCCAAAGUUACUAGUGAUAUGCUUGAAGAUAAUGGUUUCCUUACACCAGAGAAAUUGUCUCAGCUGGCUAACGUAUCUGUUCUUCUUGCACGUGAGCGGCUCUACACUACAGAACGUCUCGGGCUCGCGUGUCGAGACGAAUCUAUAGAGGGCCUAGCUUUCUACCCUAAUAGAUUUCUAAAUGAAGCCUUAUAGUAUACUGUUGUUUGUUUAUUAAGAGUCUAUAUUGUUUUUAAGCAUAUUGAAUAAAUAAUAUAUCCAAAUUAAGCACAAAUAUUUAUUGUAAUGUUUCUGUAUGAAAAGCGAGGCUCACAAAAUUUCACAAAAGCAUUCCCUAAGUGAGUUAUAUUACUUAAUUUACCAUUCUGUAUGACAAGAACUGUAUGUAAACCAUCUCAAAAUAUCCUUACUUUCUUAGAUUACUAGAUUGUAAUGUGAUAUUAUACAUACACCCAAAUGAGAUGAAUAACACAGUACACAUGCAAUAUAAUCUUAUGCU